AUGGCUCUCAAUGCUAAAUACAAGCUUCCAUUUGUUGAUGGUACUCUAAAGAAACCAUCAGACACACAAAUUGCAAUACUGUGGAAUCGUUGCAGCGACAUGAGUUUGAUUUAUUGCACGGUACCUUCAGAUAUUUGGGUUAAUCUGGAUAACCGUUUUUCCCAAAGCAAUCACCCCCACCCCUAUCGUCUUCAAUGUGAUCUAAUUAAUCUCAAGCAGAACACCAUGUCAAUCACCACAUAUUACAACACCAUCAAAGGGUUAUGGGAUAAACUCACUGCCCUAAUUGAGCUCAACCCUUGUAAUUGUGAUGGUCGUAAGAGGUUGGAGAAAGCAGCCAACAUCAAACGAUUAUUCCAAUUUCACAAGGGACUCAAUGACUUCUUCUCCAACAUCCGAAGCUAA